AUGUCCUCCAAAAUCCACCUCACCCCCAACCCACACUACCACAAAUCCGGCCCAAAAUCCUACGUCCACCUGCUCCGCAAAUACCGCUUCACCACCACAAAACCCGGCCCCUACGUCUUCUCCUCUUUCAUCCACCAGACUGGCACGCAGUACACGCGCGGCCCCGUCGGCGGCCGCGCACGGACCCAGCACCGGCUCCGCAAACGGGUCCCAGGGAGCGACCAGCUAGUGGACCUCGACGCCGACGACGCGCAGAACGAGGCUGCGUAUCUAGCGCGGGUGAGCAUUGGGACGCCGGAGCAGAGGUUUAAUGUCGCGGUCGAUAGCGCGGUGGGUGGGCUGUGGGUAUGGUCGACUAACUUGUCCGCGGAAACGAUAGCGGGGCAUCGGGCGGGAACAGGGGCGAUCUUUGAUGGCGAGAAGUCGUCUACUUUCUCCGGGGGAGAAGGGGUGUGGAGGGUCGAGUACGGGGAUGGGGCGAGCGCUGGCGGGAUCGUCGGGAGGGAAAAGAUCGUGCUUGGCGAGAUGACGAUCCAGAAGCAGGAGUUUGGGCUGGCGGAUGUUCUCUCUGCGCAGUUUGCGCGGGGGACAGCGGAUGGCGUGCUUGGGCUGGGGUUUGGGAGUCUGGGGCCGGAUGGACCGCGCGGUCUCGUCGAGGCGAUGUGUCGAACGGGGGAUGUGAGCUCGUCGGUGGAGCUGUUUACGGUGAGAUUGGGAUCCUCCGGCGCUGAGGCAGAAGAGUCGUUCUGCACGUUUGGAUUCGUCGAUGAGGAGACGGUGAAGAUAUUCGGUGGGGAGGUAUAUUAUACUCCCAUCGACGACAGCCAGGGGUUCUGGAUGUUUGAUUCCGGGUCUGCGGUUGUCAAUGGCAAGACGGUGGCUAGGGAGGGUAACAAGGCGAUUGUUGACUCCGGGACGAUGCUGACGCUGGUGGACGAUGAGACCUGUCAAAGGAUCUAUGAUGCUAUUCCUGGGGCGUACUACGAUGAGGAGAGUCAGGGCUAUCUGUUUCCGUCUGAUACGGCUGCGAAUGAGCUCCCGGUGGUGUCGCUCGCAGUGGGGGAGAGGCAGUUCGUGGUGCGGAAGGAGGAUUUGGGAUUUGCAGAGGCCAAACCGGGGUAUGCCUAUGGGGGGAUUCAGAGCCGAGGGAGCAUGAAGAUGGAUGUUCUGGGUGGUACCUUUCUGAUGGGACUUUACGCGAUAUUCGAUGUGGGCAAUCUUCGCUUUGGAGCUGUACAGCAUCACCUCGGUUAG